AUCCCAUUCCCACAUCACAGGGGGCUCUCGGUCUCCUCCAAUCUCUGCUCAGCUGUCUCUGCUUGUUAACUUUUGCCAUCCUAACUCUCAUCCUCCCAAGGAGCCACAAUGAGCCGGCAAUUCAGUUCCAGAUCCUUUUCAACAGGUGGAAGAAGGGGCUAUUCUGUUUCUGGCAGUGGCUUCCGAAUGCGCAGCAGCUCAACUUCCAUCGUUCCAGUUGGAGGAGUGAGAGCUUUCAGUGGUGGCUUUGGCAGCAGAAGUCUCUACAGCCCUGGUGGAAGCAAGCGGAUAUCCCUGGGCCUAGUUUCUGGUGGUGGCGGAGGAGGUCAUUUUGGAGGAGGUUUUGGUGGAAGAAGCGUUGGGGGUGGUCUAGGAUUCAGCAGUGUUAGUGCAGGUUAUGGAGGCUUUGGUGGUGGAGUAGGCUUUGGCAGUGGCUUGGGCUAUGGCAGUGGUGUUGCCCUUGGCAGCCAUGUUGGAGGCUUUGGUGGUGGUGGAUAUGGCCUUUCAGGCCCUGCUCCCUGUCCAGCACCAGGGCGAAUCCACAAUGUUACUGUCAACAAGACCUUACUGGCUCCUCUGCACAUGGAGGUUGAUCCUGAGAUCCAGAGGAUUCGGGUGCAAGAGAGGGAACAGAUCAAGACCCUCAACAACAAAUUUGCCUCUUUCAUUGAUAAGGUGCGAUUCCUUGAGCAACAGAACAAAGUGCUGGAGACCAAAUGGGACUUGCUCUACCAGCAGGGAACUCCAGCUCUGAGGAAUAAUCUUGAGCCUCUUUAUGAGGCUUACAUUGACACUCUCCGAAGGCAGCUCGAUUCCCUAGUCGGUGAUAAAAACCACCUGGACAUAGAACUGAAGAACACACAAGAGCUUGUGGAAGAUUUCAAGAACAAAUAUGAAGAUGAAAUUAAUAAACGUACAGCUUGUGAAAAUGACUUUGUGGUGCUCAAAAAGGAUGUGGAUGGCUCUUACAUUCAUAAGAUAGAUCUGGGAUCCAAGGCUGAUUCCUUGACUCAACACAUCCAGUUCUUAAGAGCACUCUUUGAUGAGGAACUGGCUCAGGUACAGUCACAGGUUAAAGACACCAGCGUCAUCCUACAAAUGGAUAACAACAGAGAUUUGGAUCUGAACAGCAUCAUUGCUGAAGUCAAAGCGCAGUAUGAAGAUAUCGCCAAUAGGAGCAGAGCUGAAGCAGAGGCUUGGUACCAAAACAAGUUCCAGGAACUCCAAAUCACAGCUCACAAACACGGCGAUGACUUGAAAUCCACGAAAGACGAGAUUGCAGACAUGAGCCGGAUUGUCCAAAGACUUCACGCUGAGAUUGAAAUUGUGAAGAAAGCUGUUAACGGUCUGCAAUCUUCCAUAGCAGAAGCUGAGCAACGUGGGGAGAUGGCCCUCAAGGAUGCUCGGACAAAACUGCUUGACCUUCAGACUGCCCUACAGAAUGCAAAGGACGAGCUGGCUCGCCUACUGCGUGACUACCAGGAACUGAUGAAUGUGAAGCUGGCCCUGGAUGUUGAGAUUGCCACAUACAGGACACUGCUAGAGGGAGAGGAGAGUAGGAUGUCUGGAGAUUUCCAAACUCCAUUUAACAUCUCUGUGGUCAGCAGUUCCAGCACCAUCAGUGGAGGAGGAGGAGGAUACAGUGUUGGAGGAGGAAGUGGAUACGGCGUCGGAGGAGGAAGUGGAUACGGAGUCGGAGGAGGAAGCGGGUUCAGCCUUGGUUGUGGAAGUGGCAGCUGUGGACACAGCCAUAUCAGUGUUGGAGGAGGAAGAGUGAGCCGGCUUAGUAGUGGAGGGAGCCUCAGUGGUUCCGGCAGCAUCACUGGGGGUGGAUAUGGCUUUGGAGGGGGCAGUUCAAGUAUGAAGACUGUACAUUCCACAAGCUCCUCAAGCAAGAGAAUAAGCAGCUAAAGUCCCCCCCCCACUUCAAAAAUGCAUGCACUAGGGAUGGAAAAAUCUGUCAGUUUCGGUUCUCAGUUUCUCAUUUUUUCAAUCUUAAAUUCGGUUCUCCACAUUUUUGCAGCAAUCUGCAGUUUUUUUAAAAAAAAAUCAUGAAAAUUAUCCAGCAUUUUAGUGCAAAUUUCUCCUAAUAAAACACAUUUUUGUAGGCAGUUUUGACUAAUGUACACAUUUUUGCAAGCGAUUUCUCAUCAUAUAAUGCAUUCAUAUAUGUUGUAUUCACUCACAUAUUCAUUUUAUGCAUACUUUCCCCUUAGAUUUGCAUUUUUGUAAACAUGGGUUGGUUAGUGAACUGCAUUGAAAAAUUCAGUUACGUGCAAAUUUCAAAGGCUGGCUGUGUUUCGGUUCUCAUAGUGUUUCAAAAAGUGAGAAUUUGAUAGAUUCAGCUUGAAAUGCAAACUGAAUUGAAUUUCUCACCCAUCCCCAGCAUCCACCAUUUGCUGCUUCAAGAAACAAAAGAUUCUCCCCAAUUACGUCCCCCCCACAUAAUUACUGGUACCUGUCCCCUACAAGCUCCAUAUUUCCUCACCAAUGGAAGCAGAAAAUGCCAAAUAUUCUAUUAUUCUGUUUAUAUCACUCUGCAAGCUAAAAGACACGAUCAGAAAAGUCCCCUUGUGCAUCUUUGUUCCAGGCACUGUAUGGGGAAAGGCUUAAAUAUUCCCCCAUAUGCUGAAAAAUAAAAUAAAUCCUCCCUAGAUCCAUGUGUUAAGGAGAAGAGUUUCUAGCCUAGCAUUCUCCCUGGUAUGCUAGUUUUGUACAUACACAGGGAGGCUUUCUAAUCAAUGGGGAAGCAUUUGGACAUGCGAUUGCUCACCGGCAGGCUCUUAAGUGCUACAGUCCAGGAGAAAUUGCACCAUGUGACAUGAUACUGUGGUGUAUCACCUGUGAGAGUUUUUUUCAGCUCAACACUCAGUCACACAAUAAAGUUGCAGUUACUUUUCCAGUGCACUCUUGCUUUCUCACUUGAUACUUGAUCUUUUCUAUUAAUGUUGGUUUCAGAGCACUUUCCCUCCGUUUUGCUAGUUGUACAGUUGCUUAACUCUGCAGGAAACAGGCACAUAAGCUUGUCCCAGAAUUUCUUUUUCUCUGCUUUCUCACCUAAGUGCCUCCUCCUCAGACCUAGUUUGUGGCAAAGAAGGAGGGCUCUGAAGCUAAAAGAGAAAGGAAGAAAAAAGACAGCACGAAACAACAGAGGUGCUUUCAUGAACUCCUUUUUUAAACAAAAAAUAUUGUAAAUGGCAUUUUCGAACACUAACACAGUCUGUUUGUGUUUCAAAUGUUAAAUGUUGCUAACAAUAAGCUACAAUUCAAGUAUCCAACAACUUCCUUGGCCAUUUUACACGUCUGAUGAAGUAAGCUCUUGUCUAUGGAAGCUCAUGCCGCAAUAAAUCUGUUAGCUUUUAUGGUAA